AUGUCAUUAUCACAACCAUUUAUUGCUAAACCAGACCAUUCUUUUAAAGUUAAGAAAUUUGACUUAAAUAAUAUGAUUACUUCAACUCCAAUUAUUAAUUACCCAAUAAGUCCAAUUUCAAUAGAUCAUCAAAUUAAACAUACUAAAACAACCCACUUCCCUUACCAGACUCCAAUAAGUGAGCUUUCGUUUGAUUUCAUCGAUGAUAUUAACGUCGAUGAAAUAGAAAUUGACUUAAUUACGUUUUAA